GCCGGCGAGGCCGUUCUCUUUUGACAGCUGCGUCGCUUCGGCGUACGGCGGUUUGUGUAGUGCGCGGAAGGGAAAGUGCUCGCAUCGCCCAUUUUUGUCUGGCAGUCGGCGGCGAGCGUACUUUUUGUGCGUCGUCGCGCCGCUUCAGCAACGAACGAAACAACCGUGCCUUUUCCUUUAGGCGGUCGCCGCCGAAAACGAAGCCUUCGCAGCCAUGGAUAAGAUAUUCGGAGGACUGAAGAAUCUCAUCAAGAUCGAAACGAUCGUCACCGACAACCAUGUGUUUCGGUUGCACUACAAGGUGACGUGCGCGCUUCUAAUUGCCUUCAGCAUCCUUGUCACGAGUCGGCAGUACAUCGGUGACCCUAUCGACUGCAUAAGCAAGGACAGCGUUCCGACGAGAGUGUUGGACACCUUCUGUUGGAUCCACUCGACGUUCAGCGUCAAGGAUGCCUGGAACAAGAAGGUCGGCGUCCAAGUACCCUACCCCGGCGUGGACAAGUACACUCCGGGCGAGCAGCGAGUGUACCACGGCUACUACCAGUGGGUGUGCUUCGUGCUGUUCCUGCAAGCGGUGCUUUUUUACGUCCCCCGCUACUUGUGGCUCGCCUGCGAGGGCAACAAGAUCAGCACGCUCGUGCUCGAUCUCAACUCUCCCAUUCUGUGCGACGACAAGCGCAAGAACAGCCGCAAGCUUCUGGUCGAGUACUUCAUGAACAACAUCGGUCACCACAGGAUGUACACUUUCUACUACUUCCUCUGCGAGAUCCUCAACUUCGUCAACGUCAUCGGUCAGAUCUACCUCAUGGACGACUUCCUGGGUGGCGAGUUCUCCACUUACGGCACCAAGGUGCUCGAGUUCACCGAGUGGGAUUGGUCGGUGCGCUUCGACCCCAUGAUCAAGGUCUUCCCGCGACUGACAAAGUGCACCUUUCACAUGUACGGUUCGUCGGGCGACGUGCAAAAGCACGACGCUAUGUGCAUCCUUCCCAUCAACAUCAUCAACGAAAAGAUCUACGUGUUCCUCUGGUUCUGGUUCGUCAUCCUCGCAGUGCUCUCCGGUCUCGUGCUUGUGUACCGCUCGGUGCUGUUCAUCUGGGCUCCGGCCAGGUUCCACGUGCUCAAGUCCCGGGCGCGUCUCGUGAACGUCACCUACCUGGAACGCGUGCUGGACCGCUGCAAAGUGGGCGAAUGGUUCCUGCUCGACUUGCUCGCCAAGAACCUAGACCCCGUCCACUACAGGGACCUUAUCUCGGACCUGGAGAAACACUUGGAAGGCAAAAGCCUCGAGCUCGUCUGAUUGAUUACCCAUCAUCAUUUGUCUUCGUUGUGAUGUGUCUUCUAGGGUUCGUAUAGGACUUUCUACAUUCAUAUCAAGCUGUUUUAGUACGAUAUACCUCGUGCAGUUUUCGAUUAGGAGCUUUAUAACCGUUUUACACUGCUCACUUUACUCGCGAAAGUGUUUGAGAAAAAUGCAGAAUGGACAACUCCAGCCCCAUACCGCGUAAAAAACAGGAAACGCUUCCCGAAGCACUUGAGGGCAUUUGCUUAUAACGUUGACAGCGGUCGAUAUCGUGAACGAAGCUUUGCGGAAACGAAGCUUUAGAGGUUAGUGUGUCGCAACUGGUAGGUUGAUCCGCCUCGAUUGAAAACUCGACCUUGCUCACAGGGAAAUCAGUCGCGGCGCCUACGGUUGUCGCUCUUUCCAGUGCCUUAUGUAUUCGCUCACCCUGGCCCCAUUGGCAACGCGAUACCGUACUGCAUCCCGUCGUCGCCAUUGCUAGCUCACCUGACACUGCCAGGCGGAGAUCGAUAUAUGAGGCUCGCACGGUGCGCCGUUGCUGGGCCCGCGCUUUCCAUGGCGCCGAAACGUCCUCUCAGCCGCGCCGCCUUUUGGAACGCGACGCUCGCGUUUCGAGCCAGCGUUCGUUGGAACAAACGCUGUUCGUUUAGAGUCCUGAGAGUAUAAAAUGGUAAAAAAAGUUCGCCUGACCAUGUAUCGCGCGAGUCGUUUUUUUUUUGUUUUUUUUUUCGCAAGCUACUCGAGCAAUAUCAUCUCUCUGACCGACGUAGAGAGGUACUCAGAGGCAGCGGCCUCAUUGAAUUCACCGACCGCUUACGCUGGAAGAAGAUUGUUGAGGCCACUGUUACCGCAAAUAGUUACUUGUGGUAGCGAUUCCCACAUGGCGACGUUUGGACAAUGUAUAUAAUUGCGGUAUCGCGUUCCUUUUGUUUCGUUCGUUUCGCCUUUCUUUCUUUCUCUGUGCGUAGCCGUGCACAUUGGUUGGGCAGAAUUGUUUUCGUGAUGGGGCACUGUAAAAAAGAAAAAAAAAAUCCAAAAGAUGUACUAUUAUCGGUCAGUGGCGACGUCAUGUAGAGAAGCAGCUGCGGGCACGGCUGCUCUCUCGAUAAAAAAUAAUUUAAAAAAAGAAUCGAAGCAGCGCGGUUGUAUUCCACUUUCAAAUAGUGCUCUGCAAGUCGUUGAGUUUUCAACCUCGUGUUCAGUGCCCUCAAUACUUCGUUGAUGUCCCGAAAACAAUUAACUCAACAGUUGUACCGUCUCCAUUAGCGAAUGCCGCGCACUCGUUUGCGUCGGCCUGAUAGUUGUGGCUGUUACGCUAGGCUGCCUUCUUUCUUUUUCUUCAUUUUUCGUAAUCCUCGCCUGCGACCUUUCCUCAAAAGGAGGAACAACGCGGGACUGUGAAGGGUGACCAAAGAUUUCGCCUACACACACUGACCGAAGAAAAAACCGCGUAGCCCAUCUUCACUUCGUGAUCUAGCAGUCAUUGCUCCGUGCCAAAAACGAAAAAGUUUCGCGCUGGCAACACAAAGGCGCGUGAUUUCGUUUUUCUGUGUUAUGUUGCUUCGUCGCCGACCUUUUGUAGCCCCCCCCCCCCUUGCGUGACGCGGUCUUGGUAGGGUUCAGUUCACGCAGCUCUCCAGCCCAUGUGGGACGCGGCGUGACUUUUUUUGCCUCGCUUCUCACCCACCCCUCUGCUUUUCCUACAGGUUUCCAUCUGUUCUGUCAGCCGUUUCUUUUUUAUGUGUUUUACUUCUUUUCUCUCCGUCGUCGCAGCUCCCGACUCGGUAGUAUCUCACUGCUAUGGAUGGGAGAGGCACCCUGGACCGUUUUGAAUGCGUGAACAAGUUUAAAGCGAUAAAAAAGAAAUUGAAAGAAGUGCCCCUUUUCUUGUCGCACCUGGGUUCUCGUUUCCCGCCGCCAUCGGCGGCCCCCGCAUCCUGUUCUGCCACACUUAUUGUCCUGGGCAGGACGCCGAAAGAGGCUGAGCGCCUAGGCCUAGAAAGCGUGCAGCAGCUUGGCAUCCGCCGCAGUUUCCCUUGUUCGGUGUCGUUUAAUGAAUCCGAAUGCGAGAUCGCAAUCAGCUUCGGCGCCCUGCCUGCUGCAACGUACAGGGCGAGAGAGGAAGCGAGCGGCGUCGACCACGCUCACUACGCGGAAGCGGGGCCCCUCUCGCGACGCAUGACGUUCUUUUCGGAUGACGCAAUCGCGUCAAGGAUUUUCUUGCGCUCAAGGUAGCCGACGGACGGUGAAUCGUGCUUAGCCUGGUGUCACGCGCAGCACCACGUAACUUGUGACUCGCCUGCCGCGCGAACGCGCCCACGUUGUGCUGGCUUGCCACUAAACGUUUGUAUCGGAGGGAGACAGCCUACACACUUUCCGAGGCCAGCGCACGCGACUGGAAUUUAGUGCGCGGAGAAUGCCGGUGGGCGUUGAUACUGGUAUUCGGCCGUAGUAAAAAUUGGGUUUUUUUUCUCCAUCCGUGACGCGGCCUGGAUGGCUGCGAAGGACAAGAGGUAUGUGUUGGCGCGGGGGUGCCAUGUCAUGGCGAAGAUGAUGCGAGAAAAUCUGGGAUAACGAUUGGCAACAGACCGGGAAAUGCGAAUUCACGCACUGACCUUUACGUGAAGUACAUGAAUUAAUGUGCCGGAUAAAUCAACCUUUCUUCUUUUCGACGUGGUCUUCACCGCGGAACUUGCGAAACAGUAGCAUUAGAAAAGUGCACACGACAGAGACACGUUAUUUUUGCCUACGUUGCACAACUGUACUGACGCUUCUUUAGUGUGAGUUACUACUCACUGCACUAACUUCUCCUGCUUGCUUUUGCGUUACGGACUAUAAAGGUCUCCGAACUGAAAACAGAGACAUGUGAGAGGACAAAAAGAAAAUUUAGAAAAGAAACGCUACCAUCGCUAACAGGCAUUGGUAAUGAUGUCUAAUCAGCAAUGACUUUCAAUUGAUGGUGAUGAUGAACCGAAGCAUCUACUCUAAACGAACUAUGAUAGUUGUUCGUGCUCCAAAGUGACUGGGCAAGGGCACAUUCCUUUAACGAAACUGAGUCUGCAUAUGCAAUACUUUCCAUGUAACAAUGCAUUCAGUGUGUUGUGGUCACAAAACUGUCUAGAAAACAGUCACUUGAGGCAUUUUAUGUACUUUUGCUUGAUCAACCUUGUAUGUUUGUAAGAACAAAGCUGUUGGUUGUCAAAUGUAGGGCUGCAUGAGGGAUAAAGAGGUGCACAACUGGAGAUUCAUCUGUGUGGUCCGGAUAUGCUACUUUGCCAUAUGAAGUGACAUUUUAAAGUAAGACUGCCGGUUUGGACCUGCUGCUGCGCACGGCCAUUUGCCAAGAUGUUCCAGUUGCGGACAUGUAAGCAGCCGCUGCGUAAUAAGUCAGCGCAACACCUUUUGAAAUACAGAACGCUUCUUGCUGAUGAAAUCAACCUCUUCUCUGACAGCAUGUUGGCCAGCUGACAUUGUCUCCUAGUGGGUCUUGCCCUCUUGCCGAAUCACUGCGUGAGCCAAAGAGUCUAGAUAGCUCUGUGUUGUCAUGGUUCUUUCAAAGUCAUAAACGAGUCAUAUCCUAUAGAAGACAUGUCAUAGAUUGUUUUAGGCAACUGUUAGUGUGCAUGUGCAGUUUUGUGAAGAAGGAGCGAGCCCAUCCAUCAUUCUGGAACUUUGUACGAGUGUAGUUGUAGCCCACCGGGGCUUGACGAGAGAAAGUUGAUGUUCAUGUAGUUCAGUGAAGUGUCCUCUUUCGAAACUUUGUAAUAUUUAGUGAUGGGACUUUAAGCAAGUGUAACACCUCUGCAAUUUUCCUCCAUUUGUCUCACCUCCAGACAAAAUGGCAUUCAAACUCUUAAGCACUCAUUUACCCAUUUAUGUUUCAUUUUAGCAACUCAGCACUGUUGCCAUUCACAAUUUUUUUCAUGGUUGAAGGGAGGGGAGGUUAAAAAAAAUCUCUUGCGUGUAAUGUAUCAUAACGCUAGAUUUAAUUCUUCACCUGAUUUAAGCUCUUAAAAGUUAAGUUACCAAAUAACUGCAAGAAGUGGGACUAUGCAAUGGGGAUAGCUUAAAUGAGUUCAUAAACCAAUAAACCAAGUUGAGACAAUCCAGAUUUUUUUUUGUUUAAUUGUCGUGCAUUGUAUGAUUGACUAUCCUGUGACUUCAGUGGGCACUGGAGUAGCUGUUAAAUAUGUAGAUUAUACGAUCUUUAGUCAUUUGUAACACCUCAUAUCACUGUCGAAACACUUUUACAGCACCUUCAUCAUCAACCUUGCAACUUCAGGCAUUGUAGGCCUUCCAUGAACACUGCCACUUUUUCCAAAGUUUCAGCCAUGUUUUGGAUAGUGUGAUAUUUCAUGCUUCAGAAGGCAUGAGUGGAAUGCAAUUCACGUAGAUGUUCUUAUUCCCGAAGCCUUUUGGUGUUUAUCUUAUCAAAUUCUCAGCACCUGCAAUACCAAAAAGUGGGUGCACAGCUGAGUUCAUGUUAUCGUUUACCAUGUAGUGCACUUGUCUUGCAAUUAAGUGAAGGUCUUGAAAGUUUGGUGGAAAUGUUUGCUUUAGUUCUGUGUCUGCAUUGAGUGAGUGGAGCUGUUACGAUGUCUGCUGUGUCCAGUGCUCCCACUGGCGAGAGCUGCUGUCCUCGGGAAUUGUUCAUGGUACGUGGCAAGUUUUGGUUACUUUCAUGAACUCUUUCUCAUUCGUGUAUCUAAGCAAUAAUCGAGGACCAAGUGGUGCCUGUUUUGUAGGCCCCAGAGUUAAGCUUUUAGCUUGACUGCGGUUUUCACACAAAUUUCCAUCCUCCGGAAUACAUGACUGAUAUCCGAACAUUCCCAACACAGCUUUCUCGAAAAGCUCUGGCUGUUAUACUGUACACAUCAUAUCGUAAUAUUGCGCUGAGUUUUUAAAACUGGUAUGCUGCACAAAUGCCGGAAGUAAAACUAGUAAUUAGCAUAAUGAAGCAGUGAAGUUCUUGUUGUGCUCCCACUGACAUAUGUACAGUUCUCCAUGUUGUUAUUACAUUUUGAUAGUUGGCGAGUCCCAUUUCAUUUCAUUAAGGUGCAACUUCUGUGACGCCAUGUAUAUGACCCAGUGUAUUUUGAGACAUUUUUAAGCAUGUGAGAGAGACAUGUCUUGUUUGCCUUAUAUACAAAAACUAACCUGCCAGUGCUCAAAAGUAGGAAGCAAGGUUGUACAAGACUGCAUGACAAAUCUCAGCGGGAAAUUGACUUGCAGCUGUAAAAAGGGUGGUCAUGCGAGCGUUGAUAUUGGGUGAUGAAGAAUCGCAAGGGGCUGCCUCUGGCUCUGUUGCAUGCUAAUCAUAUCUCACAGACAGGGUGAUGCAUCUUUCGAGGGAGGUUUUGUAACAGUUUUCCGGCAUUCGUCUGUAGCCAUGAACGUGAAGUUACACAACUAUUAUGUGCAUAUUGCAGAGUGUCGGUGAGCAUACUUGUUGCCUUUCAGUUUUCUUUUUCUAAUUUUUUCAGAUCUUUCUUUUUAUGCAAAGUUGCAGAAAUCGCCAUUCUCGAAAGCCUAUUGCAAGGCACAUAAAUAUUUCUUUAACAGCCAAUCAAGCUGUGGAACUGCAUGUGGCUGUGGUCACCUUUUUGUUUGUGGUAUAGGUUUCUUCGUUUCUCGUUGACUGUGGUUCUAUUUAUUCGAAUGACAAGUAGCAUCCAGUAUAUGUGUAUUGUCUGUACUUUUUGUUCAUGUUGCACACAUACUCAUUUCCUCUGACCAGGGCGAGGCGAACAACGUAGUUUUGUCUUCCAUUGAAGCUGUCCAAAACUUUGGGACGCAAGGAACAAAUGUGACGGUCCUAAGCCAAUACAGGACUCUAUGUUCAGUGUUUUUAGUUUAUAAGCUUUCUCAUUUAUUAUUUUUUGCCGAGCUUGAACAAAUUUUGGGGCCACAUAUCAUCAUUCGUCGUCUGGGGCUAGUUAAUCUUUUGAUUUCAUUUGUGGAAGCCUUUCAUUGUUUACUUCUUUUGUGUAUAUUAAGAGGGACCAUUUUUUCCAUUACAUAUCCACCUUCAUGCUUGGCAUGACCAAGCAAUCUGAAUAAAUACCUGCAAUAUGUCUUGCGGUCACCAGUGUGCAUGAUCUGUUUGCGUUGGUAUGAUAUUAAGGAUGGAUGCAGAGUUGAGCGUUGUGGUUGUGUAUUGUGAACUUGUACAUGGUUUUUGGAUUACACAUGGUUUUCUAUGAGACUUGUACUGUCAUGCAGUGCCUUAUAGCUCUGCAUGACUAGUGUUUUCCUCAAUGAUGGAUGUUUUUUCUUAGUAAUAAAGAAAGAAAAAUGUG